AUGGCUGGUAAAAAGAAGGAGAUCAGUUUACAGGUAAAUAUCAAUAAUGACGAUCAAUGGGGUGAAGUUUUGGCAACGAAAGGGUUAAUAGUGGCGGAUGUGUACCAGCAGUGGUGUGGACCCUGCCGCGCCGUCGUCAGUCUCUUUAGAAAAAUCAAGAAUGAGCUGGGAGACGAGCUGCUGCAUUUUGCCACAGCUGAGGCUGAUGGGAUUGAAGCUCUGGAGAAGUACAGAAGGAAGUGUGAGCCCACCUUUCUGUUUUAUGCGGGUGGGCAGCUGGUGUCUGUUCUGCGGGGACCAAAUGCUCCUCUCCUGCAGAGGGUGAUACAGGAAGAGCUGAGCAAAGAGAAGAACGUCCUAGAACACGGGGCGGCACGCAGGGAGGUGACAGAUGAAGGUUUAACUGAGGAAGAAGAGGUGAAUGAUGACAUUAAGGAUCACCCACAUGAUGAAGAUGUGAUUGUUCCUGCUAAAAAGUCUUGCACAGUGGCAAUAAUCAAGCCAGAUGUGGUGGCACACGGCAAAGCAGAUGAGAUUAUUAUGAAGAUUCAGGAUGCAGGUUUUGUGAUUUUGGCCCAUGAGGAGAGAACGCUGAGUGAAGCAGAAGCUCAAGACUUCUAUCAACACAAAGCCGCAGAGCCUUACUGUCAGGAGCUCAUCCAGUUUAUGUCGAGCGGCCCGUCGCAUGUCCUGCUCAUUUCUAAGACGGAGGGCUGUGAGGACGUCAUCCCAGCCUGGCGGGAAUUCAUCGGUCCACCGGAUGUCGAAGAGGCCAGGAUGCAGCAGCCGGAGAGCGGGCCUGUGUUAGCAUUAGCGCUAGUGAAGGAGCGAGCCGUGGAACACUGGAGGAACAUCCUGGGACCCAAAGACCCCAUCCAGGCUAAGAAUGAGCAACCUGACAGUCUGCGAGCCCAGUUUUCCUGCGGGAGCUCCAGCAUUAAUCAGCUUCACGGCAGUGGAAGCUCAGAGGAGGCGGAGAGGGAGAUCGGCUUCUUCUUCCCACCGGAGGACACUGCAGAUGUGUUUGUAGAGGAGAUUCUGGGCCAGAUCCAUGAAGCAGGAUUUACAGUGGUCAUGCAGAGAGAGCUCAUGCUGUCUGAGGAUCAGGUCAGGCAGUUCUACAGCGAUCAUCUGGAGCAGGAAUACUUCCCCAGCCUGCUGGAGAGCAUGACCAGCGGGCCUGUGUUAGCAUUAGCGCUAGUGAAGGAGCGAGCCGUGGAACACUGGAGGAACAUCCUGGGACCCAAAGACCCCAUCCAGGCUAAGAAUGAGCAACCUGACAGUCUGCGAGCCCAGUUUUCCUGCGGGAGCUCCAGCAUUAAUCAGCUUCACGGCAGUGGAAGCUCAGAGGAGGCGGAGAGGGAGAUCGGCUUCUUCUUCCCACCGGAGGACACGCUCGCCGUCAUCAAACCAGACACCCAACACAAGGAGGAAAUCCUGGAGGAGAUUCGGGGCAGAGGAUUCAACAUCUCCCGUCUGAAGGACACGGUUCUGUCCAGAGAGAUGGCAGAAGAGUUUUAUAAAGAGCACCGGGACAAACCCUUCUUCAGUCAGCUGGUGGAUUACAUGUGUCGAAACAGAGGAAAGCUUUGCAGAGCUCAAGAAUCUACAAGCUUCAAGAUCUCCAUCAUUUGA